AUGACCUCUAGUCAGGUAUACCCAGCACUGACCGGCACCAUCGACCCAGGCCAGAUGGCCACUCAUCACUCAACGUCGGCGGACAUCGCAGCUACCGAAUGGUACGCCCAGACUUCAGUAUGUCCUCCUACACACCCAACGACGCCACCGAUGCGAUUUCAUCCACGGCCGUUGGAUCCAAGGAGAACAACACUGAUUGGUGUCGUAGUACGCAUCCCAUGACCCGUUCAUGAACCCGUAUCCCGCUUCAACGAUCGAAGCGCAACCAUGGACCACAUACGCCCGGGCAUCCGUUCCUGGACUCCACAUGUGCGACUACCCAAUCCAUCAAUCGCCGCCUCCACAGCAUCUUCAACACCAUCAGCAACAACAGCCGACUCCCGGAGACUCCAAGAUCCCGGAGAGGCCGCGGAGCAGCCCCAGCACCUUCGGGCCUUCCGCCGAGACUAUCCCAUGGACUUCAUCUGGUCUGGGCAUCCAGUUCACAACCGCUGGCCAACCAACUCCGCCCGUGACGUCCACUUUCCCUCCCAAUGUCUUCCAGGCGUAUCCAGCAGAAGAAGGCUACACCACUUCGAGUCCGCCAGAAAUCAGACACCCUCAGCCUCGGAGAUCGUACACCACCAUCGCUCCCAACCCAACAGGUGCAGCCGCCAAGCGAAAGCGGGACGACGACGACCAGCAGGCUGAUAAGGCCGGAUCCUCGUCAGCACGCAAGCAGCAGCGCAAACGGACUUCUUCCGUCGCAUCAGCGGAUCUGAGCGAGGACGAUCGUUUUCUCGUCCAACUCAAGGAGGACGAGAACCUACCGUGGAAGGACAUCGCGACCCGUUUCCAAACGGACAAGGGCAAGAACUUCCAGGUCGCAGCUCUGCAGAUGCGCUACAAGCGUCUCCGGGAGAAGUUCCGGGUGUGGGAGGAGCAGGAUGUCCAAGCCCUGAAGCUCGCACAUGAAUACUGGGAGAAGUACAAGUGGGAAAUCAUCAGUGCCAAGGUAAGUCAUCCGCAGCAACGGUCACCUCGGCUGCACGUACUAAGACGGACAUUUACAGAUGCUCGAUUUCGGCAUCCAAGAGCGCUGGCCGGCCCGCCACUGCGCGCGCAAAUGGCAAGAACUCGACGCUUCCACCACCCUCGCAACGGCAGCCACCCCGUUCGCCACUCCCGGUCCUCCUCCCCCGGCCGCCACCACCACCGCGGGAGGAAUCCUGAACACUCCCGCCUCCAUCUCACAAUUCUCCUCUCCAGAGGAAGGAGCGGUGCAUUUCGCCUUCAUGCCGAUCCAAUGA